AUGGCAGAAAUCCAAUCCACCGUUUCAGAUGAUGAGAUUGCAGCCUUGUUGUCUGGCAUCAUCCCAACAGAUGAUACCCCACCGGAUGAUGUCAUUGAAACCUUUAAGACAAGGGGAGUUACGACCUAUUCUCAUAGAAGCUGUUUGGAGAUCAUUUGUCUGUCAGCUUGCAUUCGUGCAUUAACUGUUCAUCUUCUCCUCCAUUUCUGUGCUACUUUUGUACCCUUUUUGUUCGGCAACCAAAUCCUUCCAGAUCCAGACACUUUCCCAGUUCUUGAAAAUCUCCACAAAAGGAAAGGAAAUCAUGUCGGCACAGAAGAGAGGUUUGCCUUCCACUUCUUCAGGUCAAGCAAGUCUGCUCAAGAGGCCGCGCACCGCUCCAACGAAACAAACAUGGCGUCGGUCUGGGAGGAAUCUUGUGCGGAGGAGCUGGUUGACGGUGGAGGAUGUCCGGAGAGUGGUUAGGGAAGAGCUGGAGCAUGCUAAAAUGUCU